AUGGUGUUCUUUGUUCAGAGCGAUCAUGUACCGUUGUUGGAAGUUUACAGAGACUCAGAGGAAAUUGGAACGCAUCAGCCUUACAAAGUGUUUGAAAUCUUGCAGUGCAGCUAUGUAAUUGGCGUGGUGGCGAAUUAUGGUGCGUUUUCGAUCGGAUUUGAACAUGAAGAUGGGGAUGCUUUGCAGCUGGUCGUAUUGUCCCCGGAAGAGAAAAAUUCGUGGUUGGAAAGAUUGCAGUGCAAACUUUUGGCCAUGCACUCUCUUCAGGUAAUAGUAAUUAUUAUUCUUUAAUA